UUAUUCUCAUUCUCUACUUUAUCUCCUCUCUCUCUCUCUCUCUUGGCCAACUCUCUUGGCCAACCCUCUUGUUGAUGUGAUUCUCCACUAUAUUGCCAAGAACCCCAUCAACCUUUACAAAAGAGAGAAUUAAAGAGAGAGAGAGAGAGAGAUCUCAAGAACAAUGGUUUUUUCCUCCAUUCCAGCUUAUCUUGAUCCCUCCAACUGGCAACAGCAAUCAAAUGCACAAGUUGGCUUAAUUACCAACAGUGGAGGCCAUCAGCUUCCGCCGCCGCCACCACCUCCUCCGCCUCAUGCAGGCGGCGGCGGCGGUGGACCGGGCUCGAUCAGGCCAGGUUCUCUGGCCGAUCGAGCCCGGAUGGCCAACAUACCCAUCCCAGAAGCAGCUCUAAAGUGCCCGAGGUGCGAAUCGACAAACACGAAGUUCUGCUACUUCAACAACUACAGCCUCUCUCAGCCGCGCCACUUCUGCAAGACUUGCCGGAGGUACUGGACUCGAGGCGGGGCCCUGAGGAGCGUUCCGGUGGGUGGCGGCUGCCGUAGGAACAAGAGGACCAACAAGGGAAGCUCAAGCAGCUCAAAAUCUCCGGCCAACAGCGGCGAUCUCCAAACUAGCGGCGGUGGUACUGGUGGUUCAACAAGUGCAGUUUCCACUUCAACUGCAAGUUUACUAGGGUUAAUCUCGCCACAAAUUCCACCACUCCGAUUCAUGGCCCCACUGAGUCAACUCACCGGGUAUGGCGGUACCGGAGACAUCGGCUUGAACUAUGGCGGAACAAGUGACAUGAAUUUCCACCUACUAGGAAAUAGUUCACUUGGUGGGGGUAGUGGUAACGCGGAGUGGCGGUUUCAGCCCCCGCAGAUGGGUUCGAUGGGCGGGUUGGAUUUGACAUCCGGGUUAUACCCGUUUCAUCACCAAGGUGGUAUGGAUCCCUCCUCCGGUUACGUUGGCGAAGUCGGUCAGGUCCGGCCGAGAAAUAUUUCUUCUGGUCCAGGGUUUAUCAGUGCUCAGCAAUCCGGUUCAGUGAAAAUGGAAGACAAUCAGGAGAUGAAUCUGCCAAGGCAGUUUUUGGGAAUCCAAGGAAAUGAGCAGUACUGGAGUGGUACUGGUAAUAGCACUAAUGCAUGGAGUGAUUUCUCUGGAUUUAGCUCUUCUUCCACUACUAAUCACUUGUGAAAAAAAAAAUUGUGAUGUCUCUCAAGUUUCAUAUAGUGAUUAGUAAAAGUUAGGGUUUUCUUUCUUUCUUUCUUUCUUCUUCUUUUUUUUUCGUUUAGGUUAUGGUUGGAUCAUGAGUUUGUGGAGGAAUUUAUGGAGAUUUUCGUUUGCGAAUCGAAGGUAUGUUUCUCUGGCAUUUUAUUUUCUAUCGACGAAACGUAUCCAGAAAUUCUUGAUCCAGACACAACUUUAGAGUGUUAGAGAACGAGCACGUCUUAAUUUUCGUGGCGUAGAUGGAAGAUUUUGGUGAUGGACUAGGAAACUCUCGAAGAAGGAGAAGAUCGGUUGGUCGCCUGAUGAAAACCCUAGAAAUUUUCUUUUGUUUGUGUUUGAGCAUGUUUACAGAGAUGAUGAAUAUUGUACUACUACUGAGUUGUUUGUGUUUUUACUUGUUGGAAUUUUAAGGACUAAUAUCCAGAA